AUGAAGUUAUUCAAAAUGGCGGACGCACAUAGAGUUCGAGUUGAUCCAAUUGAAAGAAUACAAGAAGAAUAUCAAGCUUGGAAAAGAUAUCAUCCCAAAGAUUUUAUUGCAAAUCCUUCAAAGAAAGAAGAUGGAUCUACUGAUUGGCUCACGUGGAAGUGUGGAAUACCAGGCCCAGAAAAGUCACCAUGGGAAGGAGGUCUUUAUCCAAUGCAGAUGGAAUUCCCAACGGAUUAUCCAUACUCUCCUCCAAAAUGUAUCUUCACACCAGCUCUUCUACAUCCUAAUGUAUUUCCCUCUGGUACCGUAAGCUUGUCACUGAUCGAUAAGAAUAAAGGCUGGAAACCUCAAGUCACAAUGAAACAAGUGCUGUUAGGAAUUCAAUUACUGCUCAAAGAUCCAAACUUCCACGAACCAGCUCAGGCUGAAGCAUUUGUUAUACAUAGUCAAAGUAGUUUGGAUUAUGAAAACAAAGUCAAAGAACUUGCAAAACAGAUGGACCCAGCUAGAAGUAACAUCCUACAGAACCUGAUACCAAGUGCUUCUUGAACAAGAUCUUAUCCGUCACACAACAAUUAUAAAAUAAUGUAACACAAUCUUUAAAAAACAUGACAUAAGUGACAAAACAUUACCACAUGAAUGUAACACAAUCUCAUCAACUUGAUGUCAACAUGACAUGAGUGACAGUCACAUGAUACUACCACAACAGGUGUAACACAAUCUUUA